AUCCCAUACAUUUCACGACUCUUUCCGCACAGGCUCUAAAUUCCAGUUCUUCUCCCCGCGGUGACCCAUCGGUGAGUGAGGUAAUCAAGGCCUCCAGCGCUUCGACCACGGCGGAACCCGUAUUCCUGGUCGCUAAUGAGCGGGAUGGUCUUCGAGGUAUACUAAUGGAGCAGGGAAAUGAUCGUAAUCGGCCUGUGGUUUGAAGGGUCAAUCAACUUUUUAGUGUCACUCGUUGCCAUCGUUACGUUUCCCUGGACAACUCUUAAAACCUUGAUUGUAUUGUACCUAUAAAUUUAAUAUUUACCAUGGUUAAAAAUAAGUCAUUUCUAUAAUGGGCUAUCUAAGCAUGUUAGUAGAAAGUGAUACAACAUUUGUUAAUAUAACAAAAUAAAGUUGAUCCACUGCUAUGCGUCAUCUAGUCACCGAUCUGCGAUGACGCCCACGGCCCGCUGCCCGACCGCCGACCGCGAGCUGCAGACAGGAGCGCGCCGCGUUUAAAAUACAAUUACUGCGAUACUCGACACCUGCCCGUCAACCCUAACCUACAAUUAUACUUGACCUUGAGCAAAUUGGCGGAUUUGUUUGAACAUGUAAUCGAAAUGUAACUACAUUUCAAUGGUUUGAGUGAGUUUGACGUGAUUUUUUGAAGAGUACGGCGCUCUCUUAUGAGGUAGACAAACUGUUUCAAAAAUUGCACAUAUUAAAAUAAUUUAUUAAGAAGAUACUUACAUGUACCUAAUCUAGUUUACCAUUCGCUUCAGUAAAAGUGCAGAUAAACGUCAUUUGACGUGAACUUGCCUUAGUUUUGUGUAUAUCAAGUAUCAAUCAUGACAAAAUCGGGACUGGGUCACGCUACGAGGCAGUUCUUCAUGACGACGACCCUGCACGGCUUCAAGUAUCUCUGUUCGGGAUUCCAUUCAGAUCGUGUAUGCUGGGUGAGCUGGUGCGUGGCGAGCGCGUGCUGCGCGGGGACCCUCUGCGCCGUGCUGUGGGCGCGCUUCCUGGAGGUACCCGCGUUGCUGACGGUCCGCUCGGCCACGUCGGCCCCCGCCCCUCUUCCCGCUGUAGCGGUGUGUUUACCGCCGGCGAGCGCGGCCUUCCUCCUUGUCGGACACUUGUCGGCAGACGAUGCAGUCAUCCGCCGCCUAACCAGCACCUUCUCCAACAUCCUCCAAAACAAAGAGACCAAGCCCGAGAACCUGAUGCUCCUGGAUACUCUCCUCAAGUCUCAUAACGUGACGAUCUUGGACGCUCUGUACCGCAACAUGCCGCCCUGCAGGGAGUUCGCGAAGAAGUGCCGUUGGCAGAAGAAGGAAAUACCGUGUGGGAAGCUGUUCCACAGGGAACUCACCAUGUAUGGAGUAUGUUGCGUAAUAAAGUCUAGCAAGUUGAAGCGGCCGAAGUCGCCGAUGGCGACGCUGGACAGCAACAAGACGUUCCGCAUGGUGCUGCGGUGCUCCAAGCCUAAAGUUUUUUUCGGCUGUGAGUUUUUCAUCAUGUACGAAGGCGAAGAGACAGUGAACACAGUGACCCUCGUCCCGGGCUCCGAGUACACCGCGCAGCUGACCUUCACGUCCGUCCAGGACUCAGACUCCGAGAAGCUGGUCACCGGCUCCUGCGUCUCCAGCGACUCCUACUCCCGCAAGAUGUGCAUGGACACGUGUAUGGAGCGACAUUGUGGCUGUUCCAACCCUCUACGGACUAUAUUUGACGAUGAAUACAACGUCCCUCCGCCCUGCAAGCUGUGGCAACUCGGCUGUCUGCAAAGAACAGAAAAUUCAUCUUGCAACUGUCUGCCCUCGUGCAGAAAAAUCUCAACAGCCUUGUCGCUCGAAAACAACAUCAUGAAGUCGGCGGAGUUCACGUUUGAUCCCAUCUACCAAGGCAUCAACGUGUCGUCGGAGACGGUGAUCAAGCUGCGCGUGCUGGAGGGCGGCUCCAAGAUCUUCACGCGGCAGCCCACUGAGACCUGGUUCACGCUGCUAUCAUCGCUGGGCGGCGUGUUCAACAUGUUCCUCGGCGUGGGGCUGUUCAGCGCGCUGGAGCUGGUGUUCUUCGUCCUGGUGCGGGUGCCGGCGGCUGUGAGGACGGCGCCCGAGAUGCACCUGCCCGUCGCUCACGUGCAGGCCCGGCACUGACGUGUGCCCGUCACUCCCGUCCGCCCGAGAUGAGGCUGCCGGUCACUCACGACAUGUCUGCCACGGAAAAAACUCCUCAAAUAUGAUAUUGAUGCUUCUAGUGAAAAUACUGUAAAUAGUACAUAACAAUACAAUUAAAGUAUUCGGUACGGUAUACCGAAGCGCUCUACAUCCUCAUUUUAAUACCUUGAAUAUAGUCACUGUGGCCAAAA